UCAAAUCAGACCUUUACUGGGGUUUUACCUGAAAACGUGUAUGCUAGAUCUCUCUGACUAUGGCUUUUAUGGAAGUGAUUCUCUUGCAGGGUUUCAGCACAGGUGCUUUACUUGGGUUUUUGCUGCUGCUUGUGGUUGUUUAUUUACAAUUGUCUGGGUCCAGCUCUCAGGAUGAGGGAAAAGAACCUCCUGGACCCAAACCACUGCCACUGCUGGGGAACCUACUCAUGCUUGACCUCAAGAAAACCUAUGUGAGCCUCUGCGAUCUCUCAAAACAAUAUGGAUCAGUUUUCACUGUGCACUUCGGCCCCAAAAAGGUUGUUGUGUUAGCGGGAUACAAGACCGUCAAGCAGGCACUUGUGAACCUUUCAGAUGAAUUUGGAGACCGAGAUAUUACCCCCAUUUUCCAUGAUUUCAAUAAGGGACUUGGGAUUGUAUUUUCCAAUGGUGAAAACUGGAGACAAAUGAGACGCUUUGCUCUCUCAAAUCUGCGAGACUUUGGAAUGGGGAAGAGAGGAAGUGAAGAGAAAAUAAUUGAAGAAUCAAAGUAUUUAAGAGAGGAAUUUGAGAAGUUUGAAGGAAAACCGUUUGAUACAAGUCUGCCUGUGAGCCUUGCUAUUUCAAACAUAAUCUUAUCGAUUGUCUAUGGUAACAGAUUUGAGUACAGCAACCCUCAGUUACAUGAAAUGGUUCAACGAGCAUACGAAAACAUGAAAAUGGUUGGCUCAGCUUCAGUCCAGCUCUACAACCUGUUUCCUUGGCUUUGUCCUUUUGUGAAGAAUCAAAAACAGAUUGUGAACAACCUCAAGAAUAACUUUAAAGAAAGUGAGAAACUCACAAAACGCCUGCUAAAGACUUUAAACCCUCAGGAUCCCAGAGGAUUUGCUGAUUCUUUUCUUAUUCGACAGCAGAACGAUGAGGAAUCUGGUGUAAAAGAGACUCCUUUCCAUACAAAGAAUCUAUUUUAUACAAUUAAUAACCUGUUUACUGCCGGUACUGACACCACAACAACAACACUACGCUGGAGUCUUCUGCUAAUGGCCAAAUAUCCUGAAAUACAAGACAAGGUCCAAGAGGAGAUUGACAGAGUGAUUGGUGUACGUCAGCCAGUGGUAGAGGACAGGAAGAACUUGCCUUACACAGAUGCUGUGAUCCAUGAAACUCAGAGACUGGCCAGCAUAGCCCCCAUAAGUGUGCCCCGUAAGACCACCUGUGAUGUUCAUCUGAAUGGAUACCUCAUCAAGAAGGAUACCAGCAUCAUCCCGCUAUUGAUAACUGUAUUGAGAGAUGAAAAUGAGUGGGAAACACCCAAUACCUUCAACCCAGGACACUUCCUAAAUAAGCAGGGCCAGUUUGUAAAAAAGGAUGCUUUCAUGCCCUUCUCUGCAGGACGCAGGGUGUGUCUUGGAGAGGGUUUGGCCAGGAUGGAGCUCUUCCUGUUCUUCGCCUCCCUUCUUCAGGUUUUCCGCUUCACUCCUCCACCUGGAGUGUCUGAAGAUGAGCUCGACCUCACACCAUCUGUGGGGUUCACGCUCAAUCCGUCCCCACACAAACUGUGUGCAGUGAAACGCUCCCCAAUCAGAACCAAGAUUUUAGUAAUGCUGUACGGUCUUGCUUUUGCAAAAGACAAGGUCCAAGAGGAGAUUGACAGAGUGAUUGGUGUACGUCAGCCAGUGGUGGAGGACAGGAAGAACUUGCCUUACACAGAUGCUGUGAUCCAUGAAACUCAGAGACUGGCCAGCAUAGCCCCCAUAAGUGUGCCCCGUAAGACCACCUGUGAUGUUCAUCUGAAUGGAUACCUCAUCAAGAAGUGGGAAACCAAGUGUAACUGUGACACCGAGUGCAGCUGGAUUUCUGAAACGGAUCUUCCAUAUUACAGGGAUACCAGCAUCAUCCCGCUAUUGAUAACUGUAUUGAGAGAUGAAAAUGAGUGGGAAACACCCAAUACCUUCAACCCAGGACACUUCCUAAAUAAGCAGGGCCAGUUUGUAAAAAAGGAUGCUUUCAUGCCCUUCUCUGCAGGACGCAGGGUGUGUCUUGGAGAGGGUUUGGCCAGGAUGGAGCUCUUCCUGUUCUUCGCCUCCCUUCUUCAGGUUUUCCGCUUCACUCCUCCACCUGGAGUGUCUGAAGAUGAGCUCGACCUCACACCAUCUGUGGGGAUUGAGAAACAUUGCUCUAGUCUGAACGCUUCAGCUGUUGUGUUGUGUUGUGUUGUGAAAUGUGUUCAGCCCUCUUGGCUCCUCCCUUCAUUUUUAAAGAAUGAAUCAUUUCCUGAUGUGAAAGUACUUUAUUUUAGAAGAUGCACUGUUGUUGGGGAGAUCUUAUUUACUAUGGCUUUAGUGGAAACACUUCUCACAUAUGCGUCUACCUUAGUGGGUGCCUUACUUGUUGCUGUGUUGUUGCUUUUGGUUAUUAAUCUGUUCUCCAAUGACUUCAGCUCUCCUGAAGAGGGAAAAGAACCUCCAGGACCCAAACCACUGCCACUGCUGGGAAACCUGCACCAACUGGACCUGAAAAGACUUCAUGUGAGCCUCUCUGAAUUGUCCAAGAAAUAUGGGUCUGUUUUCCAAGUGCAUUUUGGACCCAAAAAGGUUGUGGUUCUGUCCGGAUACAAGACAGUAAAACACGCACUUGUGAACCAGGCUGAAGAAUUUGGGGAAAGAGAUAUUACCCCUGUGUUCAAAGACAUCAAUAAAGGGCAUGGAAUAGUCUUUGCUAAUGGUGACAGCUGGAAGACCAUGAGAAGGUUCGCUCUCUCAACUCUUCGAGACUUUGGAAUGGGCAAGAAGCUGAGCGAAGAGAAAAUCAUAGAGGAGACACGUUAUCUGCGGGAAGUAUUUGAGAAGUUCCAAGGAAAUCCAUUUGACACAACACAACCGAUAAAUUACGCAGUCUCCAACAUCAUCUCAGCUAUUGUUUAUGGGAAACGAUUUGAAUAUGAUGACCCAAAGUUUAAGAAUGUCAUUGACAGGGCAAAUAUGAACCUCCGUAUCAUUGGUUCCGCUGUGAUACAGGUCUACAACAUGUGUCCAAUGCUUGGGCCCUGGCUGAAUUCAUGGAAAGUGCUGAUAAAAAAUUUGGAAAGCAACAGGAGAGAAAUGCAGGAGCUGGUGAACCACUUACGGGAGACGUUGAACCCCCUUGACUGCAGAGGAUUAAUUGACUCAUUCCUCAUACGCAAACAAAGCAUAGAAGAUUCUGGAGAAAAUGCUUCACACUUCCAUGAUCAGAACCUUCUUUUCUCUGCGUCAAAUCUGUUUGUUGCUGGUACAGAUACAACAGGCACAACUCUGCGCUGGGGUCUGUUGCUCAUGGCCAAAUACCCUUAUAUACAAGAUCGGGUUCACGAAGAGAUCGACAGAGUUCUUGCUGGGUGUGAACCAGUUACAGAGGACAGGAAGAAAUUGCCUUACACAGACGCUGUGAUCCAUGAAAUCCAGAGACUGGCCGACAUAUUACCAAUGAAUCUUCCGCAUUCGACCAGCUGUGAUGUUCACUUCAAUGGAUACUUCAUCAAGAAGGGGACGUGUGUUCUACCGCUGUUGACCACUGUGUUGAAGGAUGAGAAUGAGUGGGAGACGCCCAACACCUUCAACCCUGCACACUUUCUAGACGAGAAUGGUCAGAUGAUCAAACGAGAUGCCUUCAUGCCCUUUUCCGCAGGGCGCAGGGUGUGUCUUGGAGAGGGUUUGGCCAGGAUGGAGCUCUUCCUGUUCUUCACCUCCCUCCUUCAAAACUUCCGCUUCACUCCUCCACCUGGAGUGUCUGAAGAUGAGCUCGACCUCACACCAGUCGCGGGCCUUAUCUUUAACCCAUCCCCACACAAACUGUGUGCAGUCAGUAGGGCAGAAAGGCAGCACAACUGAUCCAUCACUCAACUGGGAAGCUGAUCAAAAUAUAACUGAACUUGUAUUAUUUCAAAUAAUACAGAUUUUCAUUUCAACUAGACCACAGCAAUUUUUUUAGAUUAAACAGGUCGAAUGUUUUUGAAAAUUAAAGCCUCAGUCCUGUAAUAUUAUAUUAUCACAUUGCCUUAACUUAUAGGGUGAUUUAGGAUAUUUUAUGUAUAUUCUGUGCUUGUAUAUAUUGUAUGUAUAUGCAUAGAAAUGUAUAUAUUUCUAUUACAAUCAAAUAAAAUGUUGUUCUACAUCAGA